UCAAAAAUCUCUGUAAAAAUUGAGAAAUUCUUAAUCAUUUUUAAACUAUUUCCUGUGCGAUAAGACCAAUCUGCACUUUCUCCGACGUUUCCGUUGAAAAAGAGGGUUGCGAAGGCUCAGCAGGUAAUGAAAAGGCGGUAGCGAAAAAUCCUGAUUUUGUACGAUGAAGAUCACAAAACACAAGAAAACUCGUAAGUAUAUGAGUUUCUACAUCAACAAUUUUGGAUUCCGCGAACCCCUGCUCUGCCUGAUCGAUGGAAGCUUCUGCCAUGCGGCCUACAAGAUCCGGUUACAAAUCGAAGAACAGCUGAAGAAGUACUUCCAGUGUGAGGUGAAACCGAUAGUGACGGCUUGUAUUAUUACGGAGACCGAUAAUCUAGGGGCCGGCUUCGUCGGCACCAGUCAGCUGUUGAAGCGCUUUCUGGUACAUCGGUGUGGCCACGAGAAGCACCCCAUCGACGGGUCCUCGUGCAUUAAGGCCAUCACGCAAACGUGUCGCUACAUCGUCGCAACACAGGACCGGGCACUGCAGCAGUGGGUCCGCUCGAAGCCGGCCAUUCCGCUGUUCUACCUGCAUAACAAUUCCGUACCAACGCUUGUGCAACCGUCGGAAGCGAAUCGGAAUGCUGCCAACGAGGGACAGCGUAGUCGAGUGCAGGUGCGCUCCUUGGAUCAACAGACGCUUACUUCUCUGAAACAGAAGGAAGGCCUCGCCGUACCCGAGGCGAAAGUUAUGCGUAAGAAAAAGAAACCCAAAAACCCCAAUCCCCUUUCGUGUAAAAAGCCAAAAAAGAAGAAAGAGGCAGCGGCCACCAAGAGCAACAGUUCGCCACAACAGCCGGCCAAAUCGGAUGGUGGAGUGGUGAAGAAGAAAAGCAGAAAACGAGUUAAAUUGCCUAAACAUGUUGUCGACCAUUUGAAAGCAGCCGUUGGUGGUCCUUAAUAAAAUGUAAUGUUGAACAGCAAAAGCAAAUGGUCCAUGUAUGACUUCGGAUGAA